AUGUGUUCAAUAGAAGCUAUUCAAAAUUUACAACAAUUGCGACAAUUGGUGAUGGAAUUAGGGAUUGAAGAAGGUUGUCCCGAAAAACGUCCAAAUAAUUUGGAUGAAAUUAUUGCACGACCAAUAAUUGCUGCACCAAUUCCUAAACCAACAAUGAUAAGCUUUUUUUUUCAACCGACAUCACAAUCUGUUGUCGUCUGUCAAUUGGCUGAACAGAAACAAUUCGCAUCAUGCAUUCAAACAAUUACUACAUUUCAACCUCAUCCCUUAGCUGUUAUUAAACAGCCAAAACAAAUUGAUGAAGCUUGCAAGCAUUUUGUCGAAUUUAAAAAAUGUCAAGCUAAUAUUAGCUGUCUUCCAUUAUGGGCCAAAGGAAUGAUAUCGAUGUUUAAUUUUGCUUGUGGUCCCGGAUAUAACACAUAUAUACAGGUGCGACAAUGCAUCCGUAAAACGACCACACGUGAGCAUAUUCGUGAAUGUGUAAGUGAAUUUUCACGUAGUUCACCUCAAAUAGCUUGUCAAAGUUCGCAAAAAUUACUUGCUUGCUCAAUACCAGCAAUUAAUGAGAAAUGUGGCCAAGUUGGAGCGCAAUUCGUCACCGACUAUAUUGAUAAAUUUGUAAAUGUCGUUGAUCCUACAUGCAAAAUUGGAAUGCAACAAAAUGAUAAAUCAAUUGUGGGUUAUAAUUGUACGGUUGAACAAAAUGCACUUAUCGACCAUUGUGCUGUACCAAUUAAUCAAUUAACUUCUAGAAUUGAUGAAUUAUUUGAAGGUGGAUUGCAGCAAUUUUUAGCUAAUGUCAAGAAUUUGGCACCUAUAUUCGCGAAAGGUUGUAAUUUGACCAACGAAUUCAAGAAUUGUUUGAGGCCAUUGAUAGAGAACCAAUCAGGACAACAAUGUACUGUUUCAAAUUGCUUAAUUCAGGCUGGUGAUGGAAUAUGUAAUCAACCUGAUACGGCUAAAGCUAUUGAUGAUAAUUUAGCAUGUGUUUUUAAACAGGCAUCAAUACCUGAAUUUGGCAGAUGUUUACGAUCAACGAUAGCAACAUUAAAACAAUUCAAUCUUACAGCAUUACGUCGUAUUUUACCAAAAUUUAUCAAAUGUGUUGAACAUAUUGUUAUACAACGUUGUGGUCCAAUACCAAUAAAUGUAUUACGUGCUAUUAGUGCAACUGAUAUAUGUCCAAUUAAAUUUAAUUAUCAAUUAAAAUUAACUAAUUCUGAUACAACAACACAAAUAUGUGAUGCAGAAAUGCAACAAAAACAUUCGGAAUGUACCGGGAAUUUUUACCGAAAUUAUCGAAUGUUACCAAUUGCAUUACUAAGAGAUCCAUCAAAUAUCGAUAUGUUAUGUAUUGAUGCAUCAAAAUUAACCGCUUGUUCAUAUCCCAUUUGUGAAACAAUCAAAGAGAAGGCGCUAAAUGCAUUGGCGGAAUUUGUCUGCAUGCGGCGUGAUUUGUACAAAAAGCAUUCCAUGUGUCUUACAUCUGCUAUUACUUCAUCACAGGGAUCAAAAUGCUUAGCAUCAUUCCUAUCGACAGCAUCAGAGCAGCAAUGUUCAUUUUUAACAAAUGUUGCAAAUUGUGUCACCCCAUAUAUUCAUAAUACUUGUGGAUACGAUGCAUUAGCAUUAUCAUUUGAUGGAAUGCAUAUAUUUGCUAAUCAGUUAAAUAAAUCAUGCAAUAUACAAAUUCCUAUAGCAUCAAUAAAAACAAGUUGUGCUGAAUCGGAUAUUGUUGAUUAUUUACAGUGCGAAAAUUUGAUUGAUCACUUCACCUUUACACCACUUUCAUUUAUCAAGAAUAGCUUACAAUGGAAUGAAUUUUGUGAAGCAAUAAAAGAAUAUGAAAAUUGUUUAACAAAUAUGUCAUGUCGUGUGGAACCUAUCUCAUCAGCAAAUGUCGCACUUUUUCGAACAAUUUGUGGAAAAGAAGAAACAAAAACAAAAUAUUAUUUACCUUGUCUUACUCAAUUUAUUAAUACUGAUAUUGGAAUGAAAUGCAGUGAACCAUUUGUUGGCUUAGAUUUAUUAGUUAAAGAUAAUUCACAAAAAAUUUGUUCAACCCUAGAAACUAUGCUUUCAUGUGCAGCAACCGAAUUAUCAAGACAGUGCACCGAACAAGCUUUAAAACAUGUUGUAAGCAUGCUUCACAUAUGGGUACGCAAGUUUAAUCCUAGUUGUUCAAUUUCUGGAUACGGUACAGCUAAUGAUCCAAAAUUGGAGGAAGAUUUCUCACUUGAUUCCGGUCCAACACAUAUUUCAAUUGAUCAAACUGUAUCACCAUUUAGUUCCUCUACUAUUCAACGGAUUAUUACAACUUCAUCAUUGCCAAACUUAGAAGCUACCGAUAAUUUAUCAUCAUCUAAUAAUUUACGUAAAGGAACUACUAGUAAUAUCGUUUUACCGGAAUUGGAACUUUCAACUAUACCACAACCGGAGUUAACUUUAUCAUCUGAUACCGAAUUGGCAUCUCAUUGGAUGAAAGACAUGUCAUCGACAAAUAUACCAGUUCCAGAACCAAAUCCAGAACCAACAAAUGCAGAAAAUGAAUUAACCAAUUUUGCUUCUUCUGUACAACCAUCUUCCGAAUCAUCAUCAAAAAUGGAAUCGAAUGUUACAGUUAAUUUUAAAAUACCAAAAAUGAAAGAAUCAGGACAGAUGCGCGGCAUUUCAUCAAACUUAUGGAAUUUACAAAUUUUAAUAAUUAUACCAACAGUAAUGAUGUUCUCUGUAUAG